AUGGCGGCGGUGGAGGGACAAGCUCCGCUGCGCGUGGGCUUCGUGGGCGCAGGCCGCAUGGCAGAGGCUAUCGCGCGGGGUCUCAUCCGGGCAGGGAAGGUGGAAGCCCAGAACGUGCUGGCCAGCGCCCCGACCGACAGAAACCUCUGCCAUUUCCAGGCUCUGGGCUGCCGGACCACGCACGCCAACCAGGACGUGCUGCGGAGCUGUUCUCUCGUCUUCUUGGCCACCAAGCCCCACAUCCUGCCAGCUGUCCUGGUGGAGGUGGCCCCCGUGGUCACUGCCGAGCAUAUCUUGGUGUCUGUGGCUGCAGGAGUCCCUCUGAGUACCCUGGAGGAGCUUCUGCCCCCUUCUGCCAGGGUCCUGCGACUCUCACCCAAUCUGCCCUGCGUGGUCCAGGAGGGGGCCAUGGUGCUGGCCCGUGGCUGCCGGGCUGGGAGCAAAGAGGCCGAGCUCUUGCAGUCUCUGCUGACAGCCUGCGGUCGAUGUGAUGAGGUGCCCGAGGCCUACAUGGACGUCCACACUGGGCUGAGCGGCAGCGGCGUGGCCUUUGUGUGCGCCUUCUCUGAGGCCCUGGCUGAAGGCGCUGUCAAAAUGGGCAUGCCCAGUCACCUGGCCCAUCAGAUCGCCGCCCAGACCCUGCUGGGCACAGCCAAGCUGCUGCUGCAGGAAGGCCGGCACCCCGCACAGCUGCGGACCGAUGUGUGCACGCCAGGUGGCACCACUAUCCACGGGCUGCAUGCCCUGGAGCGGGGUGGGCUGCGGGCAGCAACCAUGAGUGCUGUGGAGGCCGCCACCAUCCGGGCCAAAGAGCUGUGCAGGAAGUAG